UACUGUACAUCUGCCUCUUUCAAGUUAACCACCUCCAUGUGUUCCCUCACCACAUCCCUAAACUUCCUCCUUGAUUCCUCUUUGCCACCUGCCUGGGGGCUCCAUCCUCAGCAUUCUUCUAUCAAUAUAUCACAUGUCCCUCCUCUGCACAUAACCAUCUCAAUCUAGCCUCCCUCACCUUGCCGCCAAAACGUCCUACAUGUGGAUCUGGAGGAAUCUUCAUCACUCCUAGUGAAAAUCUCAGUAUCUUUAACUCUGCUACCUCCAGCUCCGCCUCCUGUCUUUUAGUCAGUGCCACUGUCUCUAAACCAUACAACACAGCAGAUCUCACCACCAUCCUAUAAACUUUUCCUUUCACUCUUGCAGACACCUUUCUAUCACAAAUCACUCUCGUCACUCUUCUCCCCCCACUCCACCCUGCCUGCACUCUUCCAUUCUUUUAAACACUUUAUUACUUUGCACUGUUGAACCCAGGUGCUUAAACUCAUCCAUCUUACUGCCCUCACACUGUCCUCGUACAUGUCCUGCACAUACCCUCACACUUCUCUGCCACAACAGACUUCCUCAUACAAUACCGCAAUUCCUCUCUCCACCUUGUUGUACACUUUUCUAGAUCCACAAACCUACAGUGCAACUCCUAACGUUCUCUCUACUUCUCCAUUAACAUUCUCAAAGCAAAUAUUGCAUCUGUAGUGCUCUUCCUUGAAAUAAAACCAUACUGUUGCUCAAAGAUGGUCACCUCUCAGCCUGGCUUCCACUAUUCUUUCCCACAACUUCAUAAUGAUCAUAAUGAUCAACUUUAUUCCCCUGUAUCUCCCUUAUUCUUAAAGAUCGGUACCAGCACACUUCUUUCUCCAUUCCGCAGGCAUCCUCUCACCUUCCAGAAUCUUGUUAAACAGUUGUUUUAAAAACUCCAGCCAUCUCUCAUACACAUCUUCAUGCUUCUACUGGUAUGCCAUCUGGUCCUACUGACUUUUCACUCUUCAUCCUCCUAAUAGCUGCUCUUACUUUCUCCUUACUAAUUCUUUCCACUUCCUGCACCAUCUCCACAUCAUCCAACCUUCUCGCUCUCUUAUUUUCCUAAUUUAUCAGUUUCUCAGAAUACUAUUUAAUGUGUAUCUCUCUAGGAAGCUUAAAUAGUAUGACAACAAAUGUUUUAAUGUUGAAAUGAGAUGAGCAUGUAAUGUUCAUUUUGCAUUUUGUUUUGCUCAAAGACUGCGCACACCCAAGGGUUGGACCGAUGCACCAAGAUCGAAUUUUGCUAUGAGCUGUGUACUAGUAUUUUAUACUUAAACUAGUAUUUUAUACUUAACACAAACUCAUCCCAACACACUCUCGUCAUUCGUUAACACAUUUCUAUCUGCAUCCUUUAUUGCUCUAACUUACAGCACAUCCUUCCCAUCUUGGUGACUCUGCCUUCCUAGCUGUCUUCCUUAUCACCUACAGUAGUUGCCCAAUCAUCCAUCUCCUCUUCGCACCACCAAGCCCAUGCCUGACCUCAUCCCUGAAUCACACACUACAGUCUGCAUUCUUCAGUUUCCACCAUCUUAUAAUUUUUUUCAGUGUUCACACUCUCCUCCUCUUAUUCAGAACCUCCAAAGCCAUCCUACAGACCACCAUUCAAUGCUGUCUAACUACACUGUCUCCUGGCAACAACUUACAGUCUCCAUUCUCUUUCAGGUUGCAUUUUCUGCAUAGAAUGUAUUCCAUCUGUGUACACCUUUCUCCUCUCUUAUACUUCACCCUAUGCUCCUCCUUCUUUUUAAAAUAACUCCCUUUAACAGUCAUAGUACCAGCAUUUAAAGUACCAAGACAUCUUCCUCCUCUCCUUCUUCUCCUUUGGCCAACUGUUGCCCAAGUUCCACCGGUACCCUGUUGGCUAACAAUAUCUGUGGUGGUUGUUGGUAACCCGGGCCUCGACCGACCAGGUAUGGAAUUUAGAGCUACUGAGAGGAACCAAUAAAGCACACUUUCUGGGGUCUGUUCAAAAGAACAGAAAACCAAACAACCAGGCAGCUAACUAUGUCAAGUGAAGAAAGAUUAUUCAGUGAGCAGGAAUUGUGUAGUGCACUUCUAGAGGUUUCACAACAGGGGGAGAUUCAAGCUACAGAGCUCCAGGAGCAACAGCAGAUCCUAAACUCAGUUCAGGAUACCCUAUCAAAGAUAGUAAAGAGCUACGACACUGUUUCCAGUAACAUAAAACUGAAGGAGCAACAAAUCCGCUGCAUCACUAAUGAGAUUAAACAAGUACAAAGGCAAAAUGAGAGACAACAAACAGAGAUACAAGUGAUCCAGAUGGAAAACAUGGAACUUAAGUACAGGAUAGAAGAGCAGUUAGAGAGAUCACAUUUCUAUCUGACGCAGUACAACACUUACCAUAAUAAAAUGGAGAGCUAUAAAAUGUCUUUCUCUGGAAUGAAGAGCCAAGCAGCUAUUCAUAAAGAGUUAAAGGAAAGAAGGGAAGAGGUAAAGAGACUUAAAGAGCACAGAGAGGAAUUGAAGGUGGACUUACAGAAUCCAGAGGGAAAUGCUAUGCAACGGGCUCAGAAACAAGUGGACAACUUUAAAGCUGUGAUACAUAACACUAAAGAACUUGUAAGAAGAAAAGGGAUACUACUGGAGAAAGAAAAAACUAACCAGUCACAACUCAAUAAGGAUAUAGCAAUUCACAACAGAAGAUGUGAGGCCAUUGUGAAACGGCUUUGUUGCCAGCUGAACAAGGCUCAUUCCAGUCAUGGUCAGCUAAGCAGUGACAUCAUCCAUAUAGAGAAAGAGUUAACCAACACUUACAAUCAAGGCAUGUCUGUGUGUAAGUAUAAAUGUCUUCUGUGCAAGCUCUUUUAGCUUUGUGUCUUUUUGGUGGGUUGAUUACUUUUAUCUUU